AUGAGCGACGACGGACAGCGAACCCCAGUCGAGAACGACCCCGAACUCGCCGCUGAGGAGGUCGAGCUCGAAUUUGACGACCCCGAGCUCUACCACGACAUUGCCCACAACCACGAGCAUGCGUCCGAGGCGCACCAGCUGCUGCGUUCUUACAUCGGACAGAAGCACCAGGAGCAGGAGGAGACUGUCCCUGGUGUUCUCCACCCUGGAGCGACCGGUGUCAUCUACUGCACCGACCGCGCGAUGGCGAACGGAUUCUCGUACGCGUCCAAAACAGACUGGAGCAACAUGGGCCAGGGCGCACCGUACACUGGCCCACUACCUGGUGCCUCUCCGCGACCGGAGGGCAUCGACUUCAACGACUACGACUGCGACAUCCACGAGUACGCCCCCACGGUGGGACUCAAGGCGCUGCGCGAGGCCGUUGCGAACCUGUACAACGUCGAGUACCGCCAGGGCAAAGACUCGAAGUACACGUACGAGAAUGUGUGCAUCGUGCCCGGUGGCCGUGCUGGAAUGUCUCGUGUGGCGGCAGUCAUCGGCGAUGUCUACUGUGGCUACCAGAUCCCCGAGUACACGACCUACUCGGAGGUGCUGUCGGUGUUCAAGCGCCUGCUGCCCAUCCCGACCGCGCUCGAGGCGCAGGACGACUACAAGCUCAACAUUGCCGAGCUGAAGAAGGCGGCCAAGAUUCUGUCGCUCAGCGUCAUCGUCGCCUCCAACCCCCGCAACCCGACUGGCCAGGUCAUCCAGGGCGACGAUCUUAAGGAGCUCGUUCGCAUGGGAGACGGCAACACCACCUGGUACUGCUACCACGACGACCCGAACAUGCUGGGCAAGUCGAUCUCUGGCGCCGAGCACGUGAACAAUGUAAACGAGGAUGCAGUCGUCAUCAUCGACGGACUGACGAAGGGUUUCCGCCUCCCCGGCUGGCGUGUGUGCUGGGUCCUUGGACCGAAGAACCUGAUCUCUGCCAUCUCCCAGUCCGGCUCCUUCCUGGACGGCGGCGCCUCGCACCCGAUGCAGGUCAUGGCGCUGCCACUCCUCGACCCGAAGCGCGUCAUGCAGGACAAGAUUGCGCUGCAGACGCACUUCCGCGAGAAGCGCGACCACGUCCUCGCGCGUCUGGCCGCCAUGGGCCUACCCGUCCGCGUCCCGCCCCGCGCGACGUUCUACAUCUGGCUCGACCUCUCCCCUCUCCCGGCGCCGCUCAACAAUGGCCUCACCUUUUUCGAGGAGCUGCUCAAGGAGAAAGUCAUCUGUGUCCCCGGUCUGUUCUUCGAUGUGAACCCCGCCAAGCGACGCAACCUGUUUGAGUCGCCGUGCCACCACUUUGUCCGCCUCUCGUUCGGCCCGCCGAUGGAGGUCCUCGACCGCGGCCUCGACGGUAUGGAGCGACUCGUCAAGCGCCACCUCGACCAGGAGCACCGCGCGGGCGAGUACGUCCAGUCCCCGACUACUGCCCGCUUCCCGGGCAUCGACCACGGUCACCACAUCUAA